UCCCUUGGGCAGGUUCUUCUGGGAGGGAACCUGGGACCCCCCCAGGACAGAGCCCCGGGACCCCCCCAGGAUGGAGCAGGAGGAGAAGCCGUUUGGGGGGGACGCCCAGGACACGAGGCUCUGGGGGAUGCCCGACCCCCCUGGUGCAGAAACGGACUGGGCCGGGGUGAAGUGUGAGAUCGUGGUGAAGACGGAGCCGAAGGAGGAGUCCUACAUCGGCUGUCCCCAGGGCACGGGGGCCACCAGUGUCACCAGCCUCCCCAGCACUGGGAUCAAAGCCGAGGUGAAGAGCGAGCCCGAGGAGGAGCCCGACGGCGGUUUCUGCCCCGGUGUCCCCGAGGGGGAUGUGUCCCACCACCCCCCUGCCUGUGACACCAAGCCCGAGAUCAUCGUGAAGGUGGAGCCGGAGGAGGAGCCCCUCAUGGGGUGCCCCCCAGGUCUGGGUGACCCAGGAGCUCCUGGCCACCGCGGCAAUGCAGAGGGGACCGGUGGCCGGUGGCCCAAGGAGGAGCCCGAGGAGGCGAAACCGGGGGUGGCCGAGCUGGAGAAGAGUCUGGGGGCUGCCCGGGGGGGCUCCCUGGGACCCCCCGUCAGCUGGUGGACGGUGGCCGAGCCCCGGUGUCCUCCGGUGGCACCUGGGGGGCCGUUGGCCACCCCCGAGCCCCGGGGGCUCUGCCUGGAGAAGGGGAGAGCUGCGGUGGGUGGCACCGGGCAGGACCCCCCCUCCUCCUGCGGGGUGGGCAACGCCGCCUCCCGGCACCCCCCCCCAAAGCCGGGGCGUCGCGCCCGUGGCCGGGGGGGCGAGCGUCCCUUCGGCUGCAGCGAGUGCGGGAAGAGCUUCCAGCACCGGGGCAACCUGGUGACCCACCUGCGGGUCCACACCGGGGAGAAGCCCUUCUCCUGCCCCGUCUGCGGCAAGAGCUUCAGCCAGAAGGGCGACCUGAUGCGGCACCAGCGCAUCCACACCGGGGAGAAGCCCUUCGAGUGCGGCGUCUGCGGCAAGAGCUUCUGCUCCAAGCAGACCUUCGUCCUCCACCAACGCAUCCACACGGGGGAGAAACCCUUCUCCUGCCCGGACUGCGGCAAGAGCUUCAACCGCAAAGCCAACUUCCUCACCCACCAGAAGAUCCACCGCGGCGAGCGCCCCUUCGUCUGCCCCGAGUGCGGCAAGGGCUUCUGCGCCAAGAAGACCUUCCUCCUCCACCAGAAGAUCCACGGGGGCGAGCGCCCCUUCGCCUGCCCCCAGUGCGGCAAGAGCUUCAGCCGCAACGGCGACCUGACGCGGCACCGGCGCAUCCACACGGGCGAGCGCCCCUUCUCCUGCCCCGACUGCGGCAAGAGCUUCAGCCACAACGGCGAGCUGGUCAAGCACCGCCGCAUCCACACCGGGGAGAAGCCCUUCUCCUGCCCCGACUGCGGCAAGAGCUUCAACCGCAAAGGCACCCUCAUCACCCACCGCCGCAUCCACACCGGCGAGCGCCCCUUCGCCUGCCCCGACUGCGGCAAGACCUUCAACCUGAAGACCACCCUGAUGAAGCACAAGCGCAUCCACACGGGCGAGCGCCCCUUCGCCUGCCCCGACUGCGGAAAGAGCUUCAAGUACAAGGGCAACCUCCGCACCCACCGCCUCACCCACGCCGCGGAGAGGCGUCCCUUCGGCUGCAGCGAGUGCGGGAAGAGCUUCCAGCACCGGGGCAACCUGGUGACCCACCUGCGGGUCCACACCGGGGAGAAGCCCUUCUCCUGCCCCGUCUGCGGCAAGAGCUUCAGCCAGAAGGGCGACCUGAUGCGGCACCAGCGCAUCCACACCGGGGAGAAGCCCUUCGAGUGCGGCGUCUGCGGCAAGAGCUUCUGCUCCAAGCAGACCUUCGUCCUCCACCAACGCAUCCACACGGGGGAGAAACCCUUCUCCUGCCCGGACUGCGGCAAGAGCUUCAACCGCAAAGCCAACUUCCUCACCCACCAGAAGAUCCACCGCGGCGAGCGCCCCUUCGUCUGCCCCGAGUGCGGCAAGGGCUUCUGCGCCAAGAAGACCUUCCUCCUCCACCAGAAGAUCCACGGGGGCGAGCGCCCCUUCGCCUGCCCCCAGUGCGGCAAGAGCUUCAGCCGCAACGGCGACCUGACGCGGCACCGGCGCAUCCACACGGGCGAGCGCCCCUUCUCCUGCCCCGACUGCGGCAAGAGCUUCAACCGCAAAGGCACCCUCAUCACCCACCGCCGCAUCCACACCGGCGAGCGCCCCUUCGCCUGCCCCGACUGCGGCAAGACCUUCAGCGAGCUGGUCAAGCACCGCCGCAUCCACACCGGGGAGAAGCCCUUCUCCUGCCCCGACUGCGGCAAGAGCUUCAGCCACAACGGCGAGCUGGUCAAGCACCGCCGCAUCCACACCGGGGAGAAGCCCUUCUCCUGCCCCGACUGCGGCAAGAGCUUCAACCGCAAAGGCACCCUCAUCACCCACCGCCGCAUCCACACCGGCGAGCGCCCCUUCGCCUGCCCCGACUGCGGCAAGACCUUCAACCUGAAGACCACCCUGAUGAAGCACAAGCGCAUCCACACGGGCGAGCGCCCCUUCGCCUGCCCCGACUGCGGAAAGAGCUUCAAGUACAAGGGCAACCUCCGCACCCACCGCCUCACCCACGCCGCGGAGAGGGUCUACCCCUGCGCCCAGUGCGGCCAGGCCUUCGCCCACAGGAAGGAGCUGACGGCCCACCAGGGCGCCCACCAGGAGAAGGUCCUCUCCCGCUGCCGGGAGGGGGAAGCCUUCGGCCCCUUCCUCCCCGUGCGCCCCCUCCUCCUGCCCCGCGCCCACCUCCCGCUGCCCAUGGACGCCUUGGCCGAGUACAAGUGAAAGGCUGGUGGUGGUGGUGGUGAUGGUGGUGGGACACCAUCACUGGAGACUUAGCCCUGCCCGUGGGGCCAGCGGUGGGUCGGGG